GUUCGUGAUUUUAUACUAAAAAUACACUAAAAGUCUUUUCAUAAUGAAGUUCGGAUUGCUUUUGGUGAUUUUGAACGUCGCUAGGAGUUGUAUGGGUGUAAAGUUCCUGGAAGCGAACCCUGACGUGAAGCGUCUGUAUGAUGAUCUGCUGAGCAACUACAACAGGCUGAUUAGACCCGUCACCAACGUCAGCGAGAUAUUGACUGUCAGGCUCGGGUUGAAGCUGUCACAGUUGAUGGAGGUCAAUCUGAAGAAUCAAGUCAUGACUACCAAUCUUUGGGUUGAGCAGAAAUGGUUCGAUUACAAACUCACAUGGAACCCAGAAGAGUAUGGUGGCGUGGAGAUGCUGUACGUGCCUUCUGAACAUAUAUGGCUUCCAGACAUCGUGCUCUACAACAAUUGGGAUGGGAAUUAUGAAGUGACUCUAAUGACGAAGGCGACAUUGAAGUAUACUGGCGAGGUGAACUGGAAGCCUCCAGCUAUAUACAAGUCUUCCUGCGAGAUCAAUGUGGAGUACUUCCCCUUCGAUGAACAGACGUGUUUCAUGAAGUUCGGCUCUUGGACUUAUAAUGGGGCUCAGGUGGACCUAAAACACAUGGACCAAAUGCCGGGAAGCAGUUUAGUUCACGUUGGAAUUGAUUUGAGCGAGUUUUAUCUAUCAGUAGAAUGGGAUAUAUUGGAAGUACCGGCUACGAGGAAUGAGGAAUAUUAUCCAUGCUGUGCUGAACCAUUUUCAGAUAUAACAUUUAAACUGACGAUGCGCAGAAAGACACUGUUCUACACAGUAAACCUUAUUAUACCUUGCGUUGGUUUAACGUUUUUGACUGUACUUGUAUUUUAUCUACCCUCGGACUCGGGAGAAAAGAUAUCGCUCUGCAUCUCAAUCCUGGUGUCCCUCACCGUGUUCUUCCUUGGUCUGGCUGAGAUCAUCCCGCCAACGUCCCUGGCGAUACCCCUACUCGGGAAAUACCUGCUAUUCACAAUGAUACUCGUGUCGCUCAGCGUAUGGGUCACUGUUUGCAUUUUAAACGUGCAUUUCAGGUCACCGUCAACCCACACCAUGUCACCAUGGAUGAAGAAGCUCUUCCUCCAGUUCAUGCCCAAACUCCUCAUGAUGAGAAGGACCAAGUAUUCUCUGCCAGACUACGAUGAUACCUUCGUGUCUAAUGGAUACACUAAUGAAUUGGAAAUGAGCCGGGACAGUCUGACUGAUGCGUUUGGCGACUCCAAGAACGGUGAUGGUGACUACCGCAAGUCACCAGCUCCUGAAGAUGACAUGCUGUCCGGCGCUGGAGCUCAUCAGAGACCCUCAGUUACGGAGUCAGAGAACAUGCUGCCUCGUCACUUGUCACCAGAAGUGGCUGCCGCCCUGCAGAGCGUCAGGUUUAUCGCACAGCAUAUCAAAGAUGCCGAUAAAGAUAACGAGGUAGUAGAAGACUGGAAAUUCAUGUCUAUGGUGCUUGAUCGUUUCUUCCUUUGGCUGUUCACCAUCGCCUGUUUCGUCGGUACCUUCGGCAUCAUCUUCCAAUCACCAUCACUCUACGAUACCAGGGUACCCGUCGACCAGCAAAUAUCAUCCAUACCAAUGAGAAAGAAUAACUUCUUUUACCCAAAAGACAUUGAGACCAUUGGUAUUAUAAAUUAAAAUUGAUAUAAACAUAAAUAGGUCAGUAAGACGUCACUUGCUAUGUCCUUAUGACAUCACUGUGUUCUUUACUUAUUAUGACGCAGCCAACAAGAAACACUGUUACUCGAUUUCUCAGCCAGAGAGGUUAGCCAAGUUACAAACGAUUAUAACGAUCGACAGUGACAGUGUUAAAAAUUUAUGGGUUUGACGUAAGGUGACAUGUCAAUUCCAUACAUUUUUAUCACUGACACUGUCGAUCUUUAUAAUCCUUUGUAACUUUGAAAAUCGUGUACGGACUACUGGGCCAAAAAAACUAAUAACAGUGUGACAGUAAAGGGACAUUACUGGAUGAGAAUAAAGAUGAUCGAUAAUAAAUAACAAAAAAAAAGAAUAUAAUGCGUCUUAUAGUGUUAGACUCAAGGGUAUGAAGCAGACUCUACCACUCGCACAAUAUUAAUCUAUAGGCACAGUUACGUAUUAGUAUGAUAUCAUAAAUAAAUAGAUAACAAUGCAGCCAGGGUUGGUUAGGUCCGUCAUCGGCCUCAAAAUUCACAGAAAGAGGAGAAUAAUAUUAAAAGGUACUUAAUCUAAAACUUCAAGUCUAGUAGAGUUAGACAAGUUGCAAACGAUUACGAUAGUCGACAGUGACAGUGAUAAAAAUGUAUGGGAUUGACAUAACAAAGUGAAAUGUCAAUGCCAUACAUUUUUAUCACUGUCACUGUCAAUUCUCAUAAUCUGUGACAACUUGGCUAAGGCAUCUGAAUGCUUACUAUUGUUUAUGAAAUCUAGAAUGUAUGGAAAUGAAUAAUAUGCAAUAAAAUGUUUUAUCGCGUCCACUUUUAGACGUCAAAGUAAUAUGUCAACGUGAGUGAGCGAGAACAACUUAUACGAAGUUUAUAUUUGUCAUCUCUUUUAGCAGAGCAGCGAUUCAAACGCAUGAGUAGCUUUUAUUAGCUGGUAGGCCUUCAGUUGCCUACCUCAGAUGGAAUUGACUACUCGUUCGUAAUCAAGAAUAACAUAACUUAAGCUCACAAAUACAUCCCAAUUCGGAUAUUCAGAGAUACAUCCAUCGCAAGAUGAACUAAGUAUCCACACAUCACCAAGCUUUCUGUUAGACCAACGUAUAAGUUGUGAGUGGUAUCGCUGUCUAUAAUGGUCCAGCCAACUGUGAAUCAAGAAUAAAAAUGUUUACAACUUUUAGAAAAUUGUUAAGAGUAUUGAUACUAACCUACGUAGAUAAAACCUGUGAAAUAUCACUGAAAUAUGUC